CGAGGCUGCGACCCUGGCCGCCGGCCCAAAGCGGGGGCGUCCGCGUAAAGAGUAUGCGGAGGUGUACUCGAAAGUGGCGAUGGAAAAUCCAGAGGCCGACCAUCUGAAAACUCUGGUGCCGUCGAGUCGCUACUCACGCCUUACCGGUCGCUCAGGAGGCGGACCACGGAAAACGCGCGCACCGGGAACUAACGGGGACAAUAAAAGCGGCCAUAAGGCGGACGCGGCUGCGGUGAAACCUUUGAUGCAGGCGCACAGGUUUCCUGGCGACUACGAGUAUCCGCCAGUGUGGCGCAUGGAAGUGACGAUGACACACGACUUGGGCGGGGUGUAUAUCUUAAGGCUUUCGCCCCUAAUCCAAGACCAUAUUCGUUCCUUCGGAAGCAUCUAUGACUCUGAGACUCUUUCUAGCGUAACCGAAGGAUGGUUUCCGAAUGGUCUUCUUUAAGCUCUAAAUAUUGCGGAGUUGCGCGGGCCGGUGCAAAAGUUGCGGCUGCUGUUAUCCGCGAGCGCUGCAGUGGAGACCGCCACAGGAGUUGCAUCGCACCACCGUCAAAUUAUGACCAAACUAUUCGAGCGCGCUUCUAUCUACAAAAUAGGCGGAUGUACAGCUGUUGCGUCACGGUCUUCACGGAAUGAAAAAGCAUAUGACGAACGAGCA